GGCACAUUUGAACAAUACUCCGCGGGUGCCACAGGUCGGGUCAAACACCUGAACGGAGGUGCAGCCCUGGCCACAGACUCGCAAACUGAACACCCCGGGCUGACUGCUGUAAUUGUGCUCGCGGCUGUCAUCGUCAUGCAUUGAGACACGUUUAUAUUCACUCAUCAUGAUGAUGAGCAGCAGCUACACGACCGACUGCCAAGACAAGCGACUCGAAAAACGAGCAUUGCGCUGAAGCAGUUUACAGGAGCCAAUUCAUUGAACACCUCUCCCUAGCAGAAAGUCUAUCGCUGGCGAGGAUAAUAAACAGAGAUGCGUCGUGUGCUCUGUCUGGCUUGACUUCUUAUUCUCUGUAAAGUUUCUUCCUUCUGAGAAAAUAGAGCUGGGAAGCGUCUUAUUUUAUAAUGUGUUUUAUUGCAACAACUCAGCAACCACCAAGGGAAUUACCACCCGCUUCCGCAUAUUCCAAAGACGUCACCGCAAAGACCUCUUCACGCGGAUAAAUAAAAGCUUCCCUAAACAAUGAUCUUUUUUUGACACACAGGUGAUCGAAAUUUGCUGCUGAGACAUUUUUUAAUGUACGCUCAACGCUGCUUCUAUGGAAACUACUUGGAAUAGCAAAACUAGCCUGUAAUGUAGUUUCCCAAUUCGGAGUUGUUGAUUUUUCAGACGCACUCUGCCUUGCGCUGCUGAGGACAGUGGGAAAACAGAACGCUGCAUACAUUCUGAGACAGAUUUAAAAAAAGAGGUUACAGUUUUAAAAUAUUCGUGCACGACUUGCAGUUUGGAAAGCAUGGUAAUCCAGCAGAAACCAAGACAAAAAUAAAACUGUUUAAUUAAUCGGCUUUGAGGUACAGUAUUUUGCAUAGUCUUUUUUAUCAAGUGACAAUCGGCAUCAACAACAUAUUGUGAUUGUUAUACCCGGGACAAAAGUAGUGCUUGUAUGAGGUGGAGAGCUAGUAUGUACCUGCAAGGUAAAUAACUAGAAAACGCACUGACGUGCAAGGAAAAAAAGUUCUGUUGACAUAAAAUAAAAGAUAAGAAAGAAAAAAACUGCUCAAGAUCUGCGAUGGAGGCAAGUUCCUCUCAGUCUGCCGUGGAGUCUGGGGGCGAUCAUGCCUCGACUGCCGGGGCUGGGGCUUUGGAGCGAUCUGAAAUCAACAGCCCUUUCCCCCAGCCCAAACAGAGGUCCCUCCGAGUAGUCUACGUCCUCAACGAUGGCUUGAAAGCCGUGCAGGCGAACAGCCCAGAAUCCGGAGCCCUCCAGUGCCUGCAGCGGGCGUGCGAUGCAGAAAGCGCCAUCCUUGCCACGGUUACCUUCGGCACGUUAGACUUCGGGGAGACGUCUGUGCUCGACACAUUUUACGAUGCAGACAUUGCUGUGGUGGACAUGAGCGAUGUUUUCCGUCAGCCUUCGCUCUUCUAUCACCUGGGGGUUCGAGAGAGCUUCGACAUGGCGAAUAACGUCAUCCUGUACCACGACACCGACCCCGACACUGCCCAGUCCCUCAAGGACAUGGUUUCCCAAAAAAACACAGCGUCCAGCGGGAACUACUACUUUAUUCCGUACAUCAUGACCCCCAACAACGAGUACAUGUGCUGUGAGAACGAUGCGCAGAGGAGGGCCUCGGAGUACAUGCAGCCCAACUGGGACAACCUGCUGGGACCCCUGUGCCUGCCCCUGGCGGACCGCUUCAUCAGCCUCAUCAAGGACAUCCACGUGACCUCGUGCGCUUCCUACAAGGACACUCUACUGAACGACAUCCGCAAAGCCAGGGACAAGUAUCAAGGAGAGGAGCUGGCGAAGGAGCUGACCCGUAUUAAACUGCGCAUUGACAACACCGAGAUGCUGACCCAGGAUAUUGUCAUGAACCUGCUCUUUUCAUACAGGGAUAUUCAGGACUAUGAUGCGAUGGUGAAGCUGGUCGAGACCCUGGAAAUGCUACCUACCUGUGACCUGGCUAACCAGCACAUGAUUCAGUUUCACUACGCCUUCGCACUCAACAGGAGGAACAGCCCCGGAGACAGGGAGAAAGCUCUGAGAGUGAUGCUCCAGGUCCUGCAGUCCUGCGAUCACCCUGCCCCCGACAUGUUCUGCCUGUGUGGCCGGAUAUACAAGGACAUAUUCCUGGACUCGGACUGCAAAGACACAAAGAACCGCGAGAACGCCAUUCAGUGGUAUCGUAAAGGAUUUGAACUCCAGCCAACUUUGUAUUCAGGCAUCAACCUGGCAGUUCUGCUCAUUGUUUCCGGUCAGCAAUUCGAAAGCUCAAUGGAACUGAGGAAGAUAGGUGUCCGUCUGAACAGCCUGCUGGGGAGGAAGGGCAGCUUGGAGAAAAUGAACAAUUACUGGGACGUGGGUCAGUUCUUCACCGUUGGCAUGCUGGCUAGUGACAUCCCCAAGGCUGUGCAGGCUGCAGAGAAACUCUUCAAACUAAAACCCCCUGUCUGGUACCUGCGGUCUGUGGUGCAGAACCUGCAGCUUAUCCAGCGCUUCAAGAAGCAGAACCUGGAGCACUCUCCCCAGCGGGAGCGCCUCAACUUCUGGAUGGACAUCAUAGUGGAGGCCACCAAAGAGACCACCAACGGACUGCGCUUCCCAGUUUUAAUACUUGAGCCGACAAAGAUAUACCAGCCAUCCUACGUCUCAAUCAACAGUGAAGCGGAUGAGAAGAAUGUCUCUAUAUGGCACGUCUCCCCGGCAGAGACGAAAGGCAUCCACGAAUGGAAUUUCACUGCCACGUCAAUCAAGGGAAUCAGCAUAUCGAAGUUUGACGAGCGCUGCUGUUUCUUGUACGUUCACGACAACUCUGAUGACUUCCAGAUCUACUUUUCUACAGAGUGUCAGUGCGGCAGGUUUUGUUCCAUGGUGAAGGAGGUUAUUUCGGAUGGCUCUGGCAAUGCCGUGGAGCUGGAGGGAGAAGCUGAUGGAGACACGCUAGAGUAUGAGUAUGACUACAAUGAGAAUGGAGACCGGGUGGUGCUGGGCAGAGGAACGUACGGAGUGGUCUACGCUGGAAGAGACCUCAGCAAUCAAGUCCGUAUCGCUAUCAAGGAGAUUCCAGAGCGGGAUAGCAGGUACUCCCAGCCCCUUCACGAGGAGAUUGCUCUGCACAAGUACCUGAAGCACCGCAACAUUGUGCAGUACCUGGGCUCUGUCUCUGAGGACGGCUACAUCAAGAUCUUCAUGGAGCAAGUGCCUGGAGGAAGUCUUUCUGCUCUGCUGAGGUCCAAGUGGGGGCCCUUGAAGGAGUCCACGAUAAUAUUUUACACACGGCAGAUCUUGGAAGGGCUGCGGUACCUUCAUGAAAACCAGAUUGUACACCGAGACAUUAAGGGGGACAACGUCCUGGUGAACACCUACAGCGGCGUGCUGAAGAUCUCAGACUUUGGGACCUCCAAGAGGCUUGCAGGAGUAAACCCGUGCACUGAGACAUUCACAGGUACGUUGCAGUACAUGGCACCAGAGAUCAUUGACAAGGGCCCUCGUGGUUACGGGGCCCCGGCUGAUAUCUGGUCCCUGGGCUGCACCAUCAUAGAGAUGGCAACUGGGAAACCUCCUUUCCACGAGCUGGGAGAACCCCAAGCCGCCAUGUUUAAGGUCGGGAUGUUUAAAAUCCACCCCGAGAUCCCGGAGUCCCUUUCGACUGAAGCCAAGUCCUUCAUCUUGCGCUGUUUUGAGCCGGACCCUAACAAACGAGCCCUUGCGGCGGACCUGCUCAAGGACUCUUUCGUGAGGCACGGCGUCAAGGGAAAGAAGAAUAAAAUCCCGUGCCUGACUCAGGGUGCUCUCCUUUCAGAUUACAUUCGGAGCGUGUCGCUGCCCAUUCAGAUGCAGGGGGAGAGUGCCGGCAGCAGCAGCAGUGAGCACGGCUCGGUCUCGCCCGACUCUGACGCCAAGCAAGACAUCUUCUUCGAGAAGAAGCAACGAUCCAGCUCUGAAAACCUCAUCAAACCACCCAUCUCCAACUUCCUCAGUGUCCCGGAUGAGAACUCGGUGUCGGAGGACCGCAGUGCCCCCCCCUCCCCGGAGGACAGGGACUCGGGGCUGUUCCUGUUGAGGAAGGACAGCGAGCGCAGGGCUAUUCUCUACAAGGUCCUGAACGAAGACCAGGAUAAAGUCAGCGCUUACCUCAUGGAGAAUCACAUACAGGGCACGGAGGAGCUGAAGCUGUCAGUCGAUCACAUCAAGCAGAUCAUCUGUAUCUUACGGGACUUCAUCCGCUCCCCUGAGCGCAGGGUGAUGGCCUCCACGAUAUCCAAGCUCAAGCUGGACCUGGACUUCGACAGCACUUCUAUAAACCAGAUUCAGCUGGUGCUCUUUGGAUUCCAGGACUCGGUAAACAAGGUUCUGAGGAACCAUCACAUCAAGCCUCACUGGAUGUUUGCUAUGGAUAACAUCAUCCGCAGGGCAGUCCAGGCUGCAGUCACAAUACUGAUUCCAGAGCUGCAGACGCAUUUCGGGCCGGCCUCGGAGAGCGAGGGGGCUGAUAAAGACGCAGACGAGGUGGUGGAGGACACAGAGUUCAGGGGGGAGGGGGAGGAGCUGGUGCCCGAGGACCCGGUGCUCACCUCGGGGGUCAGCACCCUCAGCUCUGUCUUGUCCGAGACCCCCAGACCCCCGCAGCACCCUCUCAGCAUGCAGCUCGGGAGGCUUAAACAGGAGACCCACAGGUUACUGGAAGACUUGGUGCAGAAAGAGAAGGAAUACCAGCAGCUCCUGCGACAAACUAUCCAACAGAGGUGUCAGGACCUCGAGCUCAUCAAGAUGAAAUGCAAACACGCAGAUGUCCCGCCCCCUUCAAUAUUUCACAUACCCGCGGACGAGGAAGUCGAUAAAGAGCUCACUGAUUGGUUGAAAGAACAAGGAGCGGACACACAGACAAUAGAACGGUUUGUUGCAGAGGAUUACACACUAAAUGAUGUUCUCAAUGAUAUCAGCAAAGAGGAUUUAAGAUACCUAAGAAUACGGGGUGGUGUGCUGUGCAGGAUAUGGAGGGGUGUGCAGAGGUACAGGAUCAAGGAGAGAAGAAAGCAAGAGGAAACCCUGGAGAAGAUGGAAAACUGAAACAGACCUGCACUGGCGUGUACAAAGGAAGACCAAAGGACCUCAAGUGCUCCCAAAAAUUUGAAAUGUGCCUUUUUAUCUGCUUGUUUGUCAUAUUUCACGCGUGCGUAAAAGCAAAGAACGAGACCUUCUGUAUGUAUAGUUUUUAUUGUUGUCAUUUUUUUUCUACCACUUCACUGUUGAAAAUUUUCUUUGGAGUCCACUUGGUAAAUAUACCUUAAAAAUGCACUAAAAUGGAUUAUGAUUAAAAACUACAUUUAACUGCAAUCCAUACGAAUGUCUAUAUAUAGAACGUCCCAUUUAUAUUCAAUCACAAAUUCCUACUGUACUUACUAUUUGUCACUAUCAUGAAAUACAAAAAUAAUUGCAAAGGCAAAUAAUGUCUAAACCUUUGAUUUCAAAAUUCUUUUACAAGAAGUAUUUUUUAGCCAAAAAAAGAUUUUAAAAUGUAUAUAUUAUAUAUGUGAGUCAUCUAAAAUGUGUUAGUAUGAGAUUAAAAUGAUGUUGAAUUAGGAUUUGUGAUACUCUUUGAUAUUGCUUAUUUAAUGUUUAUUGUAAAAAAAUAUAUAUAAUAUAGGGUGCUGUGUAGGAUACAAGCUGAAGCCAUAUACAUACCAGUGUGUGUGUGUGUGUGUGUGUGUAUCAGUUCUUUUUUUAAAAAAUUUUCUCCCAAUUUGGAAUGGACAAUUAUUGUUAGGCUCAGCUCACCGCUGCCACCCCCGCGCUGACUCUGGAGCAGCAAAGACGAACACGCUGUCCUCCGAAGCGUGUGCUGUCAGCCGCCCGCUUCUUUUUCACACUGCAGCCCCACUGUGCAGCCACCUCAGAGCUAGUGUCGGAGGACAACGCAGUUUACAAGCAAGCCCGGCCAGACUACAGGGUUUGCCAAGCCCUUUAAUGCAAUGCAAGCAAUACAGCAAAGGAGUACUCUAUAAACAUUUCACUAAAAAAGCAAUUUGAAUAGUACACAAGCUUUGCUACUGAAACACACGAAUUCCAUUCCUGUGGAUGUUUUGUAGUCCCGAAAAAGAAUGACAAAUUUUGACACUACAUAGAAGCUAAAAACUACUUUGGUGUUGUCCGUUUUCAAAAGCCUCAUGUUUUUCCAGUCACUAGCUGAACAACGUAGUGUAGCUGACAGUAUGGCUUACUUUUCCUUCUAGAUGCAUUCAAUACAUGUGGGAGGACUUUAAAUAUGAUCUAGAGGUAAUUCACAUGGAAUUCCACACUGCCACCUAGUGUUUAAUGAUAGUUUGUAGUAUCCCCCCCCCCCCCAAUCAGUACUUGAUUUAUGUGCUGUAUUUGUUUGUGAUUUUAUGUUAAGUUGCCAAAUAAAAGAGUAAUUAUAU